AAAGGAUUUUAGUAGCUCCCAUCUACAAACGCGGUUCUCAGAAAGAAGAGAAAACAGCAUUCUUCCGUUGACCUUUCUUUUUCACCGUACACUGGAGUAAAGAAAAACGAAGAGAAAAUUACUACAAUAUGGAAAGGAGGAAAAUAAAACAAAAAACAUAGAAUAUAGAAAAGUGUAGAAGGCGAGAGAUUUUCCUGCUUUUUUUAAUGGCUAGGAUGCGUUGGAGGGGACAAUCGCGUAUCUACAGAUAUCCAGAAAUUCGAUUCAGUUGCUUUGAAAAAGGCAAAUCGAAAGCGAAUAUUUCAAUAGAAAAGAGAAGAGAGAGGGGUCGGGAAGAGGAUUUUGCGUGAUACAGACGAACCCAGUACAUUGCACCAGAAAACUGAGAACGUGCUCUGCUUUGUCGCGUGCAAGCCCCAAACAGAGCCCAAAGCUCUCUGGGCAGGCAUUAUUUAGAGAGAACGGUUAUUGUUUUUCUAUGUUUUGUUUUGAACCCAGAAAGGAAUAGACUCACGAGAGAGGAUAAAGGAAGUAGAAAACAGACCCAUUUUUUCUUGGGAUUUGAAUCUUUUCCAUUUUUUUUAAUAGCUUCUUUUGAGAACUUUUCAGGCUUGAGGUUUCAGAGAGAGAGAGAGAGAGAGAGAGAGAGAGAGCUGGGUUUGUGCUUUUAACAGAGGCCUGAUAAUUUUUUAUCUUGUUUGAGAGCUGAGAGAGAGAAGAGAAGAAAAGAAAGGGAGUAAUGUGAUGAUGAACAGAGAGACCCAUUUGUUUUGGGAUUUGAAGUUUUCCGUCUUUUGAGAAGCACUCCUUCAUGGGUUUUUCUGGGUUUCUCUUCUUUUUUGCUCCCUGUCUGUAGACGCUAUCGAGGGAUGGAGGAGACGGAGAGGGGGGGAAAUAGAGAAAUCGGCCUAUGCUUUUAUUAGAACCUCAUAUUUGUUUUCUUUUUCUCGGUUUUGUAGCACGCCAAUCGAUGUAAAAAUGAUAGUGUGGAGUAGGUCUAGCAGUGCCCUUUCCUUCCUACUGCAAAAAAAAAGGGACCCCUUGAAACUGCAGAUACCCUGAAGAAAAGCUGCUCCUUUUCUCUGUUUUUUGUUUCUUUAGCUGGAAGAAGAUGGAGUAGCGGUGGUAUUGAACAAGAGGAGCAGGAAAGGAAGACGGAGAAGUGGGUCAUUUUCCUUUUGAUAGGUUGGAAAAUGCCAGGCCACCAUUCGGUGGCGGUGCGGCUGAACGAGCAGCGGUUGUCUUUGAAGAGGCGAGAGAAGCGGACGAUUCAGGUGUGGGCCUCCCGAAAGCGCAUGCUGCUGGCCAUCUGGGCUAUCAUCUUCGCUGCGAUCGCCAAGUACAUUUAUCACUGGAUAGAUGAUUACGGGUGGGAGAGAAGGAAGGAGAUUCUGGUCAGCAUGUGCGACGAGCGGGCGCGGAUGCUGCAGGACCAGUUUGGCGUCAGCGUCAACCACGUCCAUGCCCUUGCCAUCCUCGUCUCCACUUUCCAUCACCACAAGCAGCCGUCUGCCAUUGAUCAGGAGACAUUUGCAGAGUACACGGCCAGGACAGCGUUCGAGCGGCCGUUACUGAGUGGUGUGGCAUACGCAAAGCGGGUGGUGAAUUCGGAGAGGGAGUGGUUCGAGCGGCAGCAGGGAUGGACGAUCAAGACCAUGAAGAACAGGGAUCCGUCGCCUGUGCAAAGUGAAUACGCUCCGGUGAUUUUCUCGCAGGAGACUGUUUCUUACAUUGAGUCCCUUGAUAUGAUGUCUGGGGAGGAGGACCGAGGGAACAUUAUCAGGGCAAGGGCUACGGGGAAAGCUGUUCUCACGAGCCCUUUCAGGCUGCUGGGAUCCGAUCAUCUGGGUGUUGUUUUGACAUUCCCCGUCUACAGAUCCAGUCUCCCACCGGAUCCAACUGUAGACCAACGCGUUGAAGCAACUGAAGGAUACCUUGGUGGAGCUUUUGACGUUGAGUCACUUGUUGAAAAUUUGCUGAGGCAACUUUCUGGCAAUGAGGCCAUUGUGGUAAAUGUAUAUGAUGUCACGAGCCCUUCCAUGCCCUUGAUCAUGUACGGACCCCAGCACCCAGAAGGCGACAUGUCCCUCUCACAUGUCAGCAUGCUUGAUUUUGGAGAUCCAUUCAGGAAGCACCAAAUGAGCUGCAGAUAUCUACGGAAGGCCCCCACUCCAUGGACAGCAAUCCUUGCAUCCUGUGGAUUCUUUUUGAUUUUCAUAUUGGUAGGGUACAUCUUGUAUGCUGCAGUGACUCACAUUGCCAAAGUCGAUGAAGAUUUUUGCAAGAUGGAGGAACUGAAAGUCCAAGCAGAAGCUGCUGAUGUUGCCAAAUCUCAGUUUCUAGCUACUGUCUCUCACGAGAUCCGAACGCCUAUGAAUGGUGUCCUAGGGAUGCUAGCAAUGCUUCUAGACACAGAUUUAGAUUCAUCCCAAAAGGAUUAUGCCCAAACUGCUCAAGCAUGUGGGAAGGCAUUGAUAAAUUUAAUAAAUGAAGUGCUCGACAGGGCAAAAAUCGAAGCUGGCAAGUUAGAGCUAGAGACAGUGCCCUUUGAUGUACGAUCCAUCCUAGAUGAUGUUCUCUCUUUAUUUUCUGGGAAGUCUAGAAGCAAGGGUAUUGAGCUAGCUGUAUUUGUCUCUGAUAAAGUUCCAGAAAUUCUUGUGGGUGAUCCGGGUAGAUUCCGACAAAUAAUUACAAAUCUUGUGGGAAAUUCAGUUAAAUUUACAGAACGAGGUCAUAUAUUUGUCCAAGUUCAUCUAGCUGAGCAUACGAAAAUGGCAAUGGCUGCAAAAGAUCAUGCAGGUCUCAAGAGUGGAUCCAGCAAAGUGGAAGUUAUAUCAGGCAGCAAUCCGCCUUUCAAUACCUUGAGUGGUUCUGAAGCUGCUGACAACAGAAACAGUUGGGAAACCUUCAGGCUGCUACUUUCAGAUGGGGAAUUCCGAUCUGAUGCUUCAGAUAUGUGGAUGCAUACCGAUGAAACUUCUGAUAAUGUAACUUUGAUGGUAAGCGUAGAAGAUACAGGGAUCGGUAUCCCUUUACAUGCCCAAGAACGAGUUUUCACGCCUUUUAUGCAGGCAGACAGUUCAACUUCCAGACACUAUGGAGGAACGGGCAUUGGCUUGAGCAUAAGCAGAUGUCUUGUCGAGCUGAUGGGUGGACAGAUAAACUUCAUUAGCCGGCCUAAGAUUGGAAGCACGUUUACCUUCACUGCUGUCUUCAAAAGAUGUGAUAAAAAUGGUUGUGAUCUGAAGAGACCUUUAUCUGAGGCUCUUCCUAAAGGUUGUUUUACAGGAAAGAAAGCAAUUGUGGUUGAUGGGAGACCAGUUAGAGGUGCUGUAACAAAAUACCACCUAAAAAGACUUGGGGUCACAGUUGAGAUUGUAAGCAGUGUGAAGGCAGCGCUUGGUGCACCAUCUCGACAAAAUGGCUGUUUGAAACCGGGGAUCGGAAGACCUGAUAUGAUAUUGGUUGAGAAGGACUCGUGGACUCAUGGAGUGGAUGUCAUCUUGCCUGAACGGAUACUGGACCAGAAACAGAAUGGUUAUGUGGUUGAAUUGCCUAAGCUGAUUCUUCUCUCAACCACCUCUAUAACUGCCGUAGAAUCUGAAAAGGCAAAGGCUGCAGGUUUUGUUGACACUGUGAUCAUGAAGCCUCUUAGGGCAAGCAUGAUAGCAGCAUGCCUCCAACAGGUGCUUGGGGUGGGGAACAAGAAGCAGCAAGGGAACCAGAUGCUCAAAGGUUCAGCUUUCCUACACAGCCUACUGUCUGGUAAGAAUAUAUUAGUGGUUGAUGAUAAUAGAGUAAACCGGAGAGUUGCUGCCGGUGCACUGAAGAAGUAUGGCGCUAACGUGGAGUGUGCUGAGAGUGGGAAAGCUGCACUUGUCCUGCUUCAGCUGCCACAUAAGUUCGAUGCCUGUUUCAUGGAUGUUCAGAUGCCUGAAAUGGAUGGGUUUGAGGCAACCCGGCAGAUCCGUCUGAUGGAGAAUGUCGCAAAUGAACGGAUCAAGAAUGAGGAAGCUGUGAUGGAAGAAGGGCCCACAAAGGCAACUUGGCAUGUGCCUGUAUUAGCAAUGACGGCCGAUGUAAUCCAGGCAACGCAUGAGAGGUGCCUGAAAUGUGGCAUGGAUGGAUAUGUCUCAAAGCCUUUUGAAGAAGAGCAGCUUUAUCAGGCAGUCGCAAAGUUCUUCGAAUCCAAGCCUGAAACAGACUCAUGACAAAAAUCAAGUUUCGGCCAGUAGCUCCCUAUCUCAAGGACUGCAAGCGUGCAUGCAAGAGAGAUGUUGCCAAACAAGUGGAAUGCUACUUACCGACCUGCAACUGCAAGCAUCAAACACAGGCACCAGAGAGUUGCUGAAGUGGCAAAUGUGUGCGAAAUCUUCGCUAUUCAUUGUUUUGUGCUCCAGAGCAAAAUGCAGGCUGGUUCGCAUAUGCAUUGAAUGUGGAACUGACGAAUAUCCUUUCACAAUCGUUCGUUUUUUUCAUUCAUGCAUGACCAGGCCAGCUUCUUUUUGUGUCAUGGAUUGCCCGGACCUUGCAUACACAUGCUGAUUUUGCGAGUGUGGGGUGCUUGUAUGUAGUACUUGCAGAUCUUGCAUUCCUUUGCCGAACAAUGCUGUCAAUUUUCCUUUUCCCGUUUGGCGUUGUUUCUGGGCCAUCACACAUUUCAUGUAAAAAAUUUGAAACAGAUCUCUGUUAGUGGAUGCUGUCUUCCUGUGUGGGCAUCACAGAGGAACGUGCACUGCCAAUGGAGUUUUCAUCUGAAAAUCAAGAAUGCCAUCGUCCAGCAUAUGUAUACUUAUAAACUGAACAUGCCCACUGUUUGUAUAAAUUUGUUACAGAAGCAGCCGUGCAAGAGGGAUGGGUGGUGCUAUACCCUCUAGUGGUGUGUGACACACACACACACACACACACACACACACACACACACACACACAUGCUUGUGUUAAUUUUCAUUUUUUAGACUGUUGAAGUAAAAUGAGCAUUGCUUGAUUUGUAUGAUUUCCUUUGUUGCAGAGUUGUAGGUUUUGAAAUCUUCUCUCUUUCAUUAGGGUUUUA